GCAGAUACAACAAUGUACACAAUGAAGAGAUCUAUUGAACUUGGUGCUCGUUUUUUGGCGAAGAAGCCUCUUGAUGCUACUACCAUUCACAAUAUGUGGCAACAUCUUGAUGUAAAAGUUCUUAGGCUGAACAGGAUGAAGUAUCUGUUUCAAGGUGUUGGAGAUAAAGCGCAAGAUGGAGAAGAAGUUGGAGAGUCUGUAGCACAGCAAAAGGAUGGAACUAAAACGACCACUCAUUUCAAAUGGAUACCUUUCCUGGAGAGCAAGUUUUUAUAUGCUCUUCAAAUACUUGGAGCAAAUGCAUCGCCCAGCAAGAUAAAGAUAAUCAUGAACGUGGAUACUGUUACGAGGAAACAAAUUUCUGCGCAUCUGCAGAAACAUCGAAAGCGUAUGGAAAGGGAACAAAACAUGGCAAUGUUUAUGGAUAGCUACGGGAAUUGUGCCUCAAGUUCUAAAUCCGUGAAGACUCGUCAUACAAUCCCUUACAUGUCGGGCUAUCAUUCAGAAGACGAUGUCCAAAGAACAAUGAUGCCAAACUUGUUUGGAGACACUCAAGGCAUUGAUGUAUCUGCAGCAAUGCGAAGAGCCUUACAACUUGGGGCUGUUUUUGACGAGUUCCAGUAUUCCAAUGGUCCUUCUAGCGACGAACCAUGUGAAGUUAUAGGACAUAUAACAGGAGAAGAUGGCAUCGUUGAUGAAGCUAAUGGCUCAAAUUCAUCUAGUCAUGAUCAUGUUGCUGCUCAAACAUACAAUUCAAGAGCUGCACAAGCAAUCACAUUCCGGAACAGUUAUCAUCACGACCAAGUCUCCAACAUAAGUAAGGCUCCGGUUGAGGGCCUUGUAGACUAUCCAGAUUCCGAGGAUUCUGAUUAAGUGGAGAUACCUUGAUUCAACUAGAUAUUGAGCAUGGACCUAAAAUCUUACUAGACUCUAUGGUGAGUUGAAGAUUACCAAGCAGAGCCGGCUCGGUAAUAUUAGGGGCCUAAUCAAAGUGUCAUUAUUUUCUUUGCAAGAUUGA